GCCGGCGUCAGUCCGCGCGCGUCCUCGCCAUGGCUCGGUGGCUGAAGGCUCUGGCGGCCGUGCUGCUGCUCGCCGCCGCCGCGACCGCGCGUAAAUCCCCCGCCCCGACCAAACACGAGCCCCAGAUCGAGGAGGUCACCGCUAAACAGUUGGAGAGAGUGCUGGAAGACAAGGAUUUCGUCGCGGUGUACUGGUAUGCAAGAAGCUGUGUAACGUGUGACAAGGUACUAGAAGAACUUGAGAAGAUUGACGAUGACACUGACACGUUCGGAGUAGACUUCGUGAAGAUCAACGAUAAGAGGCUCGCCAAGCAGUAUGGCAUCACGAAAUUCCCCGCCCUCACGUACUUCCGUGAGAAGGAACCGAUCAUAUACGAAGGAGAUCUCAUGGACGAAGAGAGCGUCCUGGAUUUCUUGACGAGUUUAGAAGCAAUGGACCUUCCUGACCGGAUAGAAGAAGUCAACCAAAAGAUUCUAUCGAAGAUCAUCGAGGACACAGACUAUGUAGCCGUUCUCUUCUGUCCUGAUCACAAAAGUUGCGGCCCGUCAAACAACAAGCCGGAAUGUAAGAAAUGUGCGAAGGCUCUUCAGGAGCUGGAGAAUAUCGACGACGAGGCUGACCAACUCGGGAUCGGUUUCGUGAAGAUCCACGACGAGGAACUAGCCGAGGAGUACAAUCUUGGAGACCUGCCAAGACUGGUGUACUACAGGCAUCAGAUACCUAUUAUCUAUGAAGGUGAGCUGAGCAGAGAAGAGGAUGUACUAGAGUGGUUGAUCGCUAACAAGUCCACCGGUGAUGAGGAAGAUAUUAUUGAAGACGUCACGGCAAAAACUUUGAACACUUUAAUCGGGAAUGUUGACAACCUUGUCGUACUGUUCUACGACCACGGUGACGAUGAGUCAAUGACGGUUCUGGCUGAGCUCGAGAAGAUAGACGAUGACUGUGACCGCCACGGCAUCCAGUUCGUCAAGAUCGAUGACGUCAAGGCCGCGAAAGACUUUGGCAUUGAUGAUGUACCAUCCAUUGUCUACUUCGAAAAGCAGAUCCCUAAUGUUUACGAUGGCGACCUCGAGAACGAAGAGGAAAUCUUGGAAUGGCUUGUCGACCAACUGGAAAAGGAUGAAAUCGAAGAUGUUACUGAUGAAAUGCUGGACCGUCUAAUUAAAGAUGGCAAGACCGUCGCCGUGUUGUUUUAUGAUAACAACGACCGUAAAUCACAAAAGGUAUUAAACGAACUGGAGAACAUUGAUGAUGAAUGCGACCAACUUGGCAUUGCGUUUGUUAAGAUUGAUAAUGAUGAUGAAGCUCAAGAAUACGGUAUUGAAAAAGUCCCUACACUGCUGUACUUCGAGAAAGGAAUACCGACCUACUACGAAGGCAACUUAGAAGAAGAGGAGAAAGUCCUGGACUGGCUCAGACAUCAGACUGAGAGCGACGAAAUCGAGGACAUCACCGACGAAAUGCUAGACUUGAUCAUUGACAAAAUGCAGUACGUCGCCGUCCUGUUCUACGACAAGGAUCAAAAGAAGAGUCAGAAGAUUUUGUCUGAGUUGGAGAACAUCGAUGAUGAAUGUGACCAGAAUGACAUUGCCUUCGUCAAGAUUGAUGAUGACAAGGAGGCUAAGGAGUACGGUAUUGAGACUAUCCCUACAAUGGUGUUCUUCGAGAGAGGCAUCCCUCACGUGUACGAAGGUGACCUCAUGAAGGAGGAAGAACUGUUGGGAUGGUUACUUCACCAGAAACGUCACAGCGAGAUCCCUGAAGUCACUGAUGAAAUGAUGGAUAAACUUAUUGACAGCACUCCUUACUUGGCCGUAAUCUUCUACGACAGAGAAGACAAACAAGACAUCAGAAUCCUGAACGAACUUGAAAACAUUGAUGAUGAGCUUGAGAAGGAAGGUAUUGUUAUCGUAAGGAUGGACAAUGAAAACGAAGCUAAGGAAUACGGUAUCGAUCACCUGCCAACACUGGUGUACUUUGAAGAAAACAUCCCGGCUAUCUACGAAGGAGAUCUGAUGAAUGAGGAUGAAGUACUUGAGUGGCUGAUUGAACAAAAGAACAGCGCUACCAUUGAAGAGGUUACUGAUGAGAUCCUGACUGACCUCAUUGAGGAGCACGAGUAUGUGGUGGUGUACUUCAGUGGUAACUGCGAGGAGGGUGAGGAGUGCGACAACAUCCUUGAAGAGUUGGAGAACAUUGACGAUGAGCUCGAUGAGACUGGAAUCAUCUUCGUCACCACAGAAGACAUCACUCUCGCUAAGAAGUACGGCAUCAAGACCUUCCCUACUCUCGUGUUCUUCAGGAACAAGGAUCCACUUAUUUACAAGGGUGACAUCGAAGAUGAGGAUGAAGUCCUGGCAUGGCUGACUGACGAAAACACCUUGGAGAUCCCUGGUAAAAUCGAGGAGGUCAACUCUAGGAUGCUCGAGAAAAUUUUAGAAGAAAACGAUCACGUUGUUGUGUUCUUCUACAAAGAAGGAGACAAGAAGUCACAAAAGAUCCUGAGCGAGCUUGAAAACAUUGACGAUGAAUGUGAAGAAAAGGACAUUGACUUCGUCAAAACAUCUGAUGAAGGCGUUGAUAAGGAAUAUGACCUCGCUGACUUGCCAGCUCUGGCCUUCUACAGACACAAGUUCAGGACCAUCUACGAUGGAGACCUGAUGCACGAGGAAGCCAUUCUGAAAUGGGUGUUGGAACUCCACGAUACGCAACCUGAUGUCAUUGAGAAUGUCGACAGGAAGACCUUAAAGGAUCUCAUCAAUGAUGUUGAACACCUGGCCGUGUUUUUCUACAGUGAAGAUUGUGACACUUGUGACGAUAUUCUUGAGGAACUGGAAACAAUUGAUGACGACACAGACAAACAUGGCAUUCAGUUUGUAAAAUCUAAGGACUCGAAGCUUGCCUCUGAUAUCGGUAUUUUCAGCUUCCCUGCACUGGUAUACUAUGAAACAGGUGUUCCUAUCAUGUACGACGGGGAUCUGUUGGAUGAGUCUGAGGUCUUGGAUUGGAUGGUCAAACAGAAAGAAGAUGAAAGUAUAGAAGAAAUAGACAGGGACAAACUGUUCAAGUUUAUUGAAACUAAAGAAUUUUUGGCUGUUGUGUUCUAUAAGGAAGAGGAUCCAGAGAGUCCAAGAGUACUCCGUCACGUAGAAUUAAUUGACGAUGAAGCAGCCGAAUAUGGAAUUAAAAUAGUGAAAUGUAGCGAUCGGUUAAUGGCAAAAAAAUAUGGAUUCCGAAACCCACCCGGCAUCACAUACUUUAGGAAAACAAAGGCAAUCAACUAUGACGGUGAUAUGGAUGAUGAAGAGGAAAUUCUGGAUUGGCUGACUAACCCUGAAAAUAUGGAACUGACAGAUCAUAUUGAGAAAGUCAAUAGGAAAAUGUUCCAAAAAAUAAGACAGACUUCGGAUUACGUAGCGGUGUUCUUUUACAGUAAUGACUGCAAACAGUGCCCUAAAGUGCUAGCAGAGAUUGAACACAUCGAUGACGAUGCCGAUGACUCCGGCAUCAACUUUGUUAAGAUCGACGACCGGCAGAUGGCGAAAGAAUUCGGAGUAUUCGCUUUACCUGCUGUCUUGUUUUUCAAAAUGGGCUCCAAAGAUCCCGUUAUUUAUGCUGGAGAUUUGUAUGACGAACAACAGCUACUGAGUUGGUUGUUAACUCAGAAAAACCCAGCUGGAGAUGUCAUUGAGGCCCUGGAGGGUCAAGAUCUGUUAGACUUGAUAGAAGAGUCCAGCUCUCUUGCGGUUUACUUCUGGAACAAAACGUUAUGUGAAAUUUGCAAUUCGAAAGCGAUGAGAAAGUCAACGAAAAAGAAAGUAAUUGAGCACGAAGACGAUGAGGGACAGGACCAAGAGGAUAGUCUCGACUGCGAACAAUGCGCUGGGAUAUUGGAAGAACUUGAGAAUAUCGAUGAUGACUGCGACAGACACGGUAUCAAGUUUGUCAAAACGCAAGAUUAUUCUAUAGCCGAAUCUUACGGAGUAACAGAUUUCCCGGUACUAGUGUACUUCGAACAAAAUGUUCCGAAUGUAUAUGAAGGAUCUUUGGCCGAAGAAGAAGAAGUAUUACAAUGGUUAAUCACACAGAAAACGGAAGAUCGAAUCGAACUUAUAACCAGAGUAAUGUUGGAGAAGAUGGUAGAGGAAACACAGUACUUAGCUGUUUACUUCUACAAACUGAACUGCCACAUCUGUGAUCAUAUCCUUGAGGGCCUGGAAAGCAUUGAUGACGAGUGUGACGUAUAUGGUAUUCACAUGGUCAAGAUCCAAGAUCCACAACUCGCCAAGAGAUAUUCCAUCAAAACCUUCCCAGCUAUGGUUUACUUCAGGAAUGGAAACCCUCUUCUAUUUGAAGGUGACUUACAAAAUGAAGAAUCAAUUCUGGAAUGGCUCAUCGAUGAUGACAACAGGGAAUUGGCCGACGAAAUUGAAUCAGUCAACGAAAGAAUGUUGGAAAGAUUGCUUUACGAAUCUCAUCUGCUGGUUGUAUUCUUCUAUGAUGACGAAGAUUGCGCAGAAUGCGAUGAAAUUCUCGAAUCACUGGAACAAAUCGACGGGGAGGUCGACCAGUUUGGCAUCGACUUUGUAAAGAUCGCCAGUCCUGAAGCAGCCGCUACCUACAACGUAGUGAACAUACCAUCAUUGGUAUACUUCCGUAAACAAGUACCGAUGUUGUACGACGGAGAUCUCCACCAAGUAGACAGGGUCCUACAAUGGUUGACAUCUCAGGACGUUUUUGAAAUCAAAAACGAAAUUGAGGAGGUGAACCGUAAGAUGUUGGACAAACUGUUGGAGGAGAACGAAUUCUUAGCUGUUUACUUCUAUGAGAAAUCAGCUGAAAGUCGCGCCGUAUUAGACAAGCUGGAAAACAUCGACAGCGAAACGGACAACUUGGAUAUUACCUUUGUGAAAAUGCAAGACCCUCGAUACGCGCGCAAGUGGGGAGUCACUAAGCUGCCAGCUAUUGUAUACUUUAGGAAGCGAUUCCCCAGUAUAUACAGAGGAGACCUCAUGAACGAAGACGAAGUACUAGAAUGGCUGCGAAAGAACAGAUUCCGGCAGCCAGAGCUGAACAUCUUCAUGUACGCUCUGAUAGCGCUCUCGAUAGCGUUCAUAAUGUACACGGCGUUCCUCAUGCAGUGCUUCAAGCCAUCCCCGCCGGCUCCCGCGCCGCAUCCAAAGCAAGCGUGAGCUGCUAAAGACUCUCGUCUUCUUUAUUUAGAUUGUGACGUAUCGGCCUUACGGCUCCGAUCUACACCGAUUUCGACAAAUGAUCAGUUAGUCCUAAACGAUCCACCGAUGCAAACCUACUUCACACAUGGACUAAGGAUCAGCUUAGUUUACUUUCUUGGGAUCAAACUUUUAUAGAGAUUUCUAGUGGACAACGGAAACACUGGAUUGAAACAAGACAAGUUUUUAUAAUAAUCUGAUCUAGGAUCGGUAACUGAUAGUGACAUUAAUAUUUUGUUCAAGGGCAUUUUGAAUUACGAUCGUUUCGUUAAGACUGUAUUCUCAGUAGAUAUCUGUAUGGAAACAUAGUGUGAGAUGAACCGUUUUCCAUUAUCCAAUCCGUGUUAAUGAUACAAUGAUUUCCGCACCGAUAAUGUCUUCUUGUUAAUUAAUGUCUAUAGCCUAUUAGGUUUCGUUGAGCCUUUGUUAAGUUUGAGUUUGAGUUUUUUGAGCUCUCUAACAAUUUUACUUAUAAUUAGAAAACAUGUUUAUUUGAAAUCGUUAAAAUAUAUUGAGGGAUGUAUAUUUUAAUGUUGUUGACAAUUUUCCAGUAAUAAAAUCGCGUGUGAAUUCAUAGCUGUCUCGUAAAUUUUGCCUGUUGAUAUAUUCACUUCAUGUUAUUAUUAAUUUUAUAGUUGUUUGUCAGUGAUUUUGUUUUAGAGCUCAUUUUUUUCGAGUGACUGUCCAAUGGGCGGGAGCUGGACUGACGCCCGCAUGAUACUACGGUACUUCAUUUGUUCUUAUGUUCGAAAUUAAAUUUAAUAUUUUAUUGUUGUAACAAAUUAGUCUGUUCGAUGUUGUAAGUAUUAAUUUAUGAGGUAUUUGAUUUAAAAUUGGAUGGUGAUUAUGCAGUUCCGAUUUUUAAUUUAUUUGUUUUGAUAAUUUUAGAUUGUCAACAAAAUUAUACAUUACUUUGAAACAUGCUUGCUUAUUAGGACUUUUGGCAUCAAAAUGACCCAGAGUACAGCAGUCCUCUACAUUUUUACAUAUUUUGAGUAGUUGCCCAAUCACGUAUCCACACUAAUCCAAGUAAGUGCUGCACUACCAUCGAUAUAUUUUUAAGUAACGUAGUAACAUGCCCGAUAUACUCUGUAUCAUUCCCGCUCGUAUUGUAUAUUAUUGUGUAUAAUUAUAAUGAUACCUUCAUUCAUAUAACGUAAGGGAGGCAUGUUGGCUACGGACGCACAAAUGUGGCAACACCCCGUUCCAUUAUUAUGGCAAUACUUGCAAAAAAGCAACGUAUCAAAUAUGUGUAUUAUCUCUCUUAAAAAAAAAGUGAUCUAUAGCGCGCCAAAUCAAGAGCGUUAACAGAUUUGAUUUUAGAACUCCCUUUCGUAGUUUAAACUGUAAUGUUGGUAUCCCUUGUUUUCUAUUUUUAAUCUGUUCGUUUUAUUUUUUUUCUAAUCAUUUGUGCGUUCGUAGCCGAGUAAAAAAAUAUGCUCAAAUGAGUCGUGCGCGAAGACAUGCGCAGUCGUUAAUGUUAACGUUGUAUAUAAAAUGUAAAUAUAUAAAAAUGAAUAAAAAUAGUAAAAUGAU